AUGGAUUCAGGUUUGCUGCGAUCAGAAGGUGGAGUCGUGUCCCAAAUGCCCACGAAUUUCGUUUGGCCAAAGGAGUAUUUGGUGGAUGCCCAAGGCGAGCUCCAAGCACCAGUGGUGGAUCUUGAUGGGUUUCUGAGAGGGGACGAAGAGGCCACACAAUGUGCUGCAAAGCUCAUAAUGGAAGCGUGCUUGAACCAUGGCUUUUUCCAAGUGAUCAACCAUGGGGUUGAUUCAUGCCUCAUUCGUGAAGCACAUCAUCAAAUGGACACUUUCUUUAAGCUCCCAAUUCACAGGAAGUUGAGUGUUCACAAGACACCAGCUUCCAUGUGGGGCUACUCUGGUGCACAUGCUCAUCGCUUCUCCUCCAAAUUGCCAUGGAAGGAAACCCUCUCUUUUCCCUACCAUGACAACACCUCCGAACAUGUUGUAACCAACUACUUUAAAUCCACCAUUGGAGAAGACUUUGAACAAGCUGGAGUGAUAUUCCAGAAGUACUGCGAUGGUAUGAAGCAGUUGGGGUUGAAGCUGACGGAGCUAUUGGCCAUAAGCUUAGGCGUGGAUAGGUUGCAUUUCAGGGAGUUGUUCUCCGAUGGAUGCUCCAUCAUGAGAUGCAACAACUACCCAUCUUGCCAACAACCGAACCUUACGUUGGGGACAGGACCACAUUGUGAUCCAACAUCAAUAACCAUACUUCACCAAGAUCUUGUUGGGGGACUUGAUGUUUUUAUGGACAACCAGUGGAAGACGGUUCCACCUCGUCUCGAUGCCCUUGUAAUCAACAUUGGAGACACCUUCAUGGUAGGCCAUAUAAACACUACCACAUUCCAUUAUAUUAUUACUACCUUCGAGUUUGUUCUUUUCAACACCAUUCAUUAACCCUAUAAUAUUUCUGUUUAUCUCUUACCUUUUCCUUUAAUCCUAU